GCAGUUUUUCCCUCCCUCCUUGCAAUAUCUCCUUUCUCUCCAGUGUCCACUUUCUCACUCCUCCGUGUCACUUUUCGGCGGUCUGAAGCGUUUUUUCAGUUUCGAACAUUCGCUCACCAUUUAUCCGUCAUUUCCUAAGACAAUCCUUCUCUCUCUACUAGAGUCUCCAUUUUUUCUCUCUGCCGACCAUGAAUGAGGUUAAGAAAGAUGAACAUUAUAUUGCUGACUUAGCAUAUGGAAGCUCUGAUGCUAGACAUAUGUGGGCUGAAUCUAAAGAAGAUCAAGCCUCUGCACUGUAUUUUGAUGCAAACUUUGAGGAUGCAUUCAAAAUUGAUGAUAUAUCUUCAGUAUUUCAUUAUGAGCUACUUGCCAAAAAUGGUGGGCUGAAUUCCUAUAUGACUGAAGAAGGGAAAGGCGAAAUAUUAUGCAGUGAUUUUGAUGGAAUUCUGAAUGAGGAUAAAUUAACCAACAUACCUCUUGCUGUUAGUAUCUCACAUGCAUCUGAAGAUCACUAUUUGGAUGUUGAUUUUGAUAAAAAGGUCCCUGAUCUGGACUGUAAAUUCUAUGAUGAGUUAAGUGUCGGUAACUUGAGAUCUGAGAUCCACUCUCCAGAAACUAGCAAUGAAGAAGUUGGGGUAUCUGAAUCAUCCGUGCUAGUGCCUCGAUGUUUCAAUGAUCAGUUUGGAAAAACUGCUAAAGAAAUGCAUGGUGACUUGGGGAGCAAAUGUAGGUAUCAGAUGCCAGUGGAGGAUAAUAUGGGUUUAAAAUGCUCUCUCGUUAGUGAUGUUAAAUAUGUUCAGGCCACUAAUGAUGAUCGAAAUACUUUGGAGAUCGGAAGUUCCUUCAAUGACGAUAGAGAUAACACACAUGUUUCUUUCCCUUAUGUUAAGCCACCAUACAUUUCCAUAUAUACACAUGACGAAGUUGGCUCAGCAAGUCAAUGCACAGAUGUGGAUGAUUUUUGUGUGGAAGACCCAUCAACUGACAGUUGUGCUGAAACUAAAAUAACCCGAGCUAGACAAAGAAGAUUGUGCAGACCUCCGCAGAGGUAUCUAGAUGGAACUUCAUCCUUGAAGUUAAGGCUUCAUAAUGCUAAGAAACAUCCUAGCAGUUUAUUAGAGGAUAAAGAUCUUGGAGUUAGGUCUCUGAAGAAGCACAGCAGAAAAGCAUUGGAAGUAAAAGCGUCAAAGACCUGGGCAAGUGAUAUGGAAUUAGAUUCAGAUGAGGAAUAUGAGCCUGUUGAGUCUAGCUUCAAUGGCAGAAAAUUUAAAAGGAAUGACAGAAGGAAGAGUUGCCAGCCCUGGACUUUGGAUGAGGUAGUAGCAUUGGUUGAUGGAAUGUCUAAGUUUGGUCCAGGACAAUGGACUGCUGUAAAGAAAACAUUCUUCUUAUCUUCUCGUCGUACUGCUACUGAUAUCAGGGAUAAGUGGCGGAACCUUGUAAAGACUAAUUGUAGAAGUUCAAAGGGGAAAAAGGAUGAUCAGAGGAAUAAUUCGCAUGUGUUGCCAAAUCCUGUAAUAGAACGAGUAAGAGAACUUGCUAGUGCUCCUCCUGUUCUGAGGGGUAGAGGUAGAGGUGGCCGAAAACUUUCAGCUUUAAAAUGCCCUGAUAUGCCCCCUUAUUUAGCUGAGUGAGGCAGUUCUGUUAGUCAUUACAGAAGCUGCAUUUGAUGAGUAGUUAGAGGCAAAGAUUUGUAACUGUUGAGAUGAUAAAAAUCUUUUUUACCUGAUACAAUUGAAUUCAGUGGUCUAAAUUUCGACCCUUACUAGGCUGAUUUAUCGAGAGUUCUUAAUAGCUUUUUUGCAUCAGAAAAAGGAACAGAAACCAUACAGCAUAGUUAAUGCUUUUGUCAUCUUCCAUCUACAAAGUAAGGAUAUGUAAAAACCUUGAUAGGUAGCUGCAUUACUUGAGUUGCCAAUGUUGCCAUCAUCUGCCAAUUGUAUGUCUCUAAACAUGUAAAGUCUUCUGUUAGAAUGGAGAUGUAUGGGCGUUGUUAUCUUUUCA